GCAACGACGUGUUCGCCUCGUUACGCUGAGCCGGGGAAACAUACGGUUAGUGUUGCAUAGAACUUUGCGACUUUCGACGACGCUCCCGAUCGAGCGUACGGCCCCAGAAACAGAAGGGGGAAGGAGAUACAGUAAGAACUGUAAAGUAAUAUCUCUCGAGGGAUCGAUCUCCGCGGAUCGCGGGACCCCGAUUUUUCACGGUUGUUCCAGGUGUGCCCCCGAGUUAAAUCGCCGUCGCCAUAACCUCAAACCGCCGCGUCCGCCGUCCCGAGAAAUAUGCCGCGCGUGGUGGAUAAUCAGUGAAUAAUAAUCAGUGAUAAGGACGUCUCUCGGCAUCGAGACGUCGGCGCGAGAGUGUGUGCCAAGUCGAAACGUCAAGAAGAGGAGGAGGAGGUGGAGGAAGAGGAGCAAAAGCAGAAGCAACGAGCCGCUUCGAAGCUGCCAGGUGUGCGAGUCCCACGGGAACAAUGACGGGGACAAGGACGGGAGGUGAUGGAGAAGGAGGCGCGCCGAAUAUCCUGGUCGCCCUUUACGUCGCGACCGCCGGCCUUCAAGGAAACGCUCUCGGUUCCGACGAGGAGGAGAUUACGCUACUCGUUUACGUGCUCAUCAACGAGCUACAGAAUAAGGUACUAGGUAGGCAGCAGUAUAUCGUACGACCGAUGAUAAUGGAGGAAAGUUGUACUUCUGGAACCGGUAGUGACAACCCAGCGAUUGCCGGAAGUAGCGGUAUUAUUGGCGAGGCAGCGCUGGCACAUGCUCCAGCUUUGACUGAACGAAAUCUUCGAGAGUACGGGAUACCUCUGCAACAAGCUAUCGAAAAAUUUGAAGCUUGGUGGAUCUCUAUGUCUGGUGUCACAUUCGGUGCUAAACCGCGAUUCAUCGUAGAUGGCCAGGCGCCGAUGAGACAAUGUUUACAUCCGGAAGCCUGUAACAAAGAUAUCGAGCUACCGGAACAUUAUAACUAUUUCCACGACCUCCGGAAGGAUUUCGUAGAGUGUUAUUCGUCUUAUGGAGAAUUAUCGACCCUCGGAAUACAAGAAAUGCUGCAAUAUUUCGGACUGCCGCCUGAUACUGACAAUGAUUUUCAUGUCAAAGAAAUAGAGGACAUGUUGAGCGUGAUACAGAGAAUGAUUAAAGAUGGUCACGUUUUUAAAAAUCCAGAAGUAAUUAACAUUGUCUUAGAACCUGGUAUAUGUUCUAAGGAUGAAGAGGUAGACAAUGACUGUGUAGUAAGAGCACGUGGUCUUCCUUGGCAAUCUUCGGAUCAAGAUAUUGCAAAGUUUUUUCGUGGAUUAAAUGUUGCCAAAGGUGGUGUAGCUCUUUGUUUAAGUCCUAUGGGAAGACGUAACGGCGAGGCAUUGGUACGAUUUAUUAAUAAAGAACACAGAGACAUGGCGCUGAAACGACAUAAACAUCAUAUGGGUCCACGUUACAUAGAGGUUUACAAGGCCUCUGGAGAAGAUUUUGUUGGCAUUGCUGGCGGUACGAGUGGGGAGGCGCAUGCUUUUCUAUCACGUGGGGCUCAAGUUAUCGUUAGAAUGAGGGGCUUGCCAUAUGAUUGCAUUGCUAAACAAGUGCUGGAAUUUUUUCAAUCCGGACAAAAACCAUGUCAAGUGUUAGAUGGCGAAGAAGGAGUGUUGUUUGUAAAAAAACCUGAUGGUAGAGCAACAGGUGAUGCUUUUGUACUAUUUGCAAAGGAAGAAGAUGCUGUAAAGGCUCUGAGUAAACAUAGAGACCUUAUUGGUAGUCGAUAUAUAGAACUUUUUCGAAGUACAACUGCAGAAGUGCAACAAGUCCUAAACAGAGCAACUGAUCCAAAACAAGUAAUACUACCACCACCACCUAUCACACAACUUCCACCCUUGCUCCCUCAACAUAUCAUUACUUCUGGUACACGUAAGGAUUGUGUUAGACUUCGUGGUUUGCCUUAUGAAGCGCUCGUAGAGCAUAUUUUGGAAUUUAUGGGCGAACAUUCCAAAAAUAUCGUCUACCAAGGUGUUCAUAUGGUUUACAAUGCACAGGGUCAACCGUCUGGUGAGGCAUUCAUUCAGAUGGAUAGCGAGGCAUCAGCAUACGCGUGCGCAUCGCAGCGGCACCAUCGGUAUAUGACCUACGGCAAAAAGCAACGGUACAUCGAAGUGUUCCAGUGCAGCGGCGACGAUAUGAAUUUGGUAUUGACAGGUGCGGUAACACCGCCAUCGACCAAGGCGCUACUAUCACCCGGAGGCACGAUGUUGCCACCACCGCCAGUGGCGAUAUUUCCGCCAGCUACUGCGAUGCUGCCUCGCGCUCCACCGCAAUUCGCGGCACCGUAUCCACCGCCUAUUUUUUAUUGGCCUUAUCCUUCACCGCCAGUUAGUCCGACUAAUUAUUACACUCCAAAUGUCGGCGGCAUCGCACAGAUUCCUCAACAAGCGGCUCUGUUAGCCCCAGCUGAAUGUCUACAAUUAGCAUCCGGGGCUACAACGCUACCAACAACUACAUCCACACCAACAGGCCUCGACACAUGUAUCGAAGCGUAUUUACCGCGGGUGGAGUUGGAAAAACGAAUGGCUGCGUUACCUCCACCGCAGACCGAGUGCAAUCCUUUCAUCGAAGUUUUCAUGGUUUGAUUUUCUCGCCCGAGUCUUCUCUUGCCAAUCGAUUUCUGAUUCCUUGUUUAAGUAUGCGUAUUCCCGAGUUCGUUAGCAUGGCGAGAAAUCGAACCGUUGAAACAUUUUACUUGAUUCAUGGAAAGAUCAUUAUUUCACAAAAAUCUUUACAGGAAUCCUUUCAGAAUGGAUUCUAUUCUCGCGUCGUCGACGAGACGUAGUCGACGAUUUUUAGAAACAAAUUUUGAGCAGCGUCGUACAUUGCUGACCUAGAUAAUAUGUACGUCGUAUAUACGAUGUGUAUGUGUGGCAAAAGUGCAAAAGAUGCAAUUUCGUUCUUCGCGUUUUUCCCCAAGAAAGCUUCCCUUGUAAAUCUUCGACGCACUGUUCGUUAGAACGGCGUAUUUCUUUCUAGUCUAGAGAUGGAUAGGAGCCGUUGUAGCACGUUGCAACAGCGGCGUCGUUCUUUUCUCGUUGUUUGUUCCGAUUUCUCCGGGGAUGAGACGAACCGUGCAUUGCAUUUCCUUCCAUCCAAUCAUCCUUUAAAAAAAUUUUUUUUUAUUACGUUGCUCUCACCUUUUUCUCGUUGUGACAGUAGUGAUCCAUGCAUCGUAUACUUCGAUUCUUCGUCGUAGUUUGAAACGAGUUUAAAGAGUUUGCGGGAUUAAAGAAUCGAGUAAUCGAUUCAGGUGCGUCCCGCGUUAUAAAAAUAUAUACACAAAUUAUAUAUAAUUAAAUAGAUUGUAAAUAAUAAUUAUAUUUGUGACGAUCACGUAUAAUCGUAUAAGCGAUUGCAUCUAUAACAUUUAGGCUAGAUUGCAUCAAUAUUAUUUUAGAUUUAAGCGAGACUUAAAUAUGUGUCCAUCUUCAUCUUUCCUUCUAAAUAAUUAAAGACAGAUAUAUAUUUAAAUCUCGCUUGAAGUCAACAUAACGUUGGUGCAGUUGAGUCUUAAAAACGUAAUAAAGUGCAGCGCACUUGCAAAGAACGUAACAUUCAUACAAACGCGUUUGAUUUAUAUGAAUAAAAUAGUCUUUUUAUAGAAUCGAAUUUAAAAUUCUAUUCAUUAUACGGACUAUGCUCAGUUAAUUUUCUCCAUUUCAAAUGUUACGUGUGCGCGCGUUACUUGUUUUAGAAUAUUAUAUAAUAUUUAAUUUAAAGAAUUUUUUAAGAGGUAAGAAUUCAAAUGGUGCGUGCGCGUGUUGCGUACGUAUGUGCGUGCGUGCGCAUAUUUUAUCGAUUAUUUUAUCAUUUUCGCUUGCGAAUUCGAAACGCUUUUGCGUGUUGUACAUUCCCCCUCCUCCUAAACAUCCGGUCUAAGUAUCUUUUGAUACGCGUAUGUUAUUAAAGAACGACAACGCACGUUUUUCUUUUUUUUACGUUAAAACAGCAAAUAUUACAAAAGUCUUCCGCUAGUUUGUCAUUUUUUUUCAAGCAAAUUACGCGAUUUCACUUAUUAAUUCGCGUUCAUUAUCGAGAUUUUGAGAGAUAUGUAUACUAUAUUAAUACAUAUUAAUCGAUCACAGCACAUAGCGUACAGUGACUUCUACAAUACAAUAUACACAUGUGUAUGUAUGUGUGUAUACAUGCGUGCGUGCAUGUGUGCGUGUGUAUACGCUCGCGUGCGUGUAUUUGCGUGCGUCGCAUGUAUGUGUGUAGAAGUAUGUAAUAUAAGAAAUAUCGUUCAAAACUUAUAGCAUUAAGUUAAAAAUAUGGCUACGAGAAAUUAGCCACACUAUAUAGCUCAACUAUAUGAUUAGUUUAAAUUUAUGUAUGUGAAUUUAGCCAAGUUGGUUCGUUAUAGUGCGAUAUCUGGUUACUCUCUUCCUUAACUUUUAUGCGAAAGAAAGAUAACUUAUUAAUAUCGCGAUAUAGUCUUUAAUGUUUCAAGUACAUAUGUGCAAUGUUUCAAUGCUAUUAAGUAUAUAGUAACUUAAUACCGAAGUUAUUUUCGGAUUUACAUCAUCAUCAUAUUCAUUAGAUCGUUCAAAUAAAAGCGAAAUAAACAUCCUUAGAAAAAAAUAAUGAAUUUAUU